AUGGCGCUGAGGGCGUCCCCCGUGUCGCAUGGCGCAGCGGCAGCGCCGCUGCCACCGUUGGCGCGGAGGAGGAUGGCCCGUGGGGUGGUGGUGGCCAUGGCGUCCACCAUCAACAGGGUCAAAACUGUCAAAGAACCCUAUACUCCUCCACGAGAGGUACAUCGCCAAAUUACCCAUUCACUACCACCUCAAAAGCGGGAGAUCUUCGAUUCACUUCAACCUUGGGCCAAGGAUAACCUAUUGAACCUACUGAAGCCAGUUGAACAGUCAUGGCAGCCACAGGACUUCCUACCAGAGCCAUCUUCUGAUGGGUUUUAUGAUGAAGUUAAAGAACUGAGGGAGCGGGCAAAUGAAAUACCUGAUGAGUACUUUGUUUGCUUAGUUGGUGAUAUGGUUACCGAGGAAGCCUUACCUACCUAUCAAACAAUGCUUAACACCCUUGAUGGAGUCCGCGAUGAAACUGGUGCAAGUCCAACCACGUGGGCGGUUUGGACAAGGGCAUGGACAGCUGAAGAGAACAGACAUGGUGACCUCCUUAAUAAGUACAUGUACCUUACUGGACGGGUUGACAUGAAACAAAUUGAGAAGACCAUACAGUAUCUGAUUGGUUCCGGAAUGGAUCCUGGAACUGAGAACAACCCAUACUUGGGUUUCCUUUACACAUCAUUUCAAGAAAGAGCAACAUUUGUAUCGCAUGGGAAUACUGCAAGGCAUGCCAAGGAGUAUGGUGAUCUCAAGCUGGCCCAGAUAUGUGGUACAAUAGCAGCUGAUGAAAAGCGCCAUGAAACAGCCUACACCAAGAUAGUCGAGAAGCUCUUCGAGAUUGAUCCUGAUUACACAGUGCUUGCAUUUGCUGACAUGAUGAGGAAGAAGAUUACAAUGCCUGCUCAUCUCAUGUAUGAUGGCAAGGACGACAACCUGUUUGAGCACUUCAGUGCAGUGGCGCAGAGGCUGGGCGUCUACACUGCUAAAGAUUACGCUGACAUCCUUGAGUUCUUGGUCCAGAGGUGGAAAGUUGCAGAUCUCACUGGGCUGUCUGGAGAAGGGAGAAGGGCGCAGGAUUUCGUCUGUACCUUGGCACCGAGAAUCAGGCGGUUGGACGAAAGAGCUCAAGCAAGGGCGAAGCAGGCACCAGUUAUUCCUUUCAGUUGGAUUUAUGACCGCAAGGUGCAGCUUUAA